AUGAAGCGAAGUCAUACGGUUCUUAUAUAUUGUGUUAUUUAUUCAAUUGCUUUGUAUUGUUUGAUGAAUGUUAGUAGUGUGAACGAAUUCGAUGGAAAAUCCCGUGUUGGAUAUAUAUCGAAAGUUUCACCAAACACUUUGUUGGAGGAUUUUCAAGAGUGUUAUCGAAGUAAAUUGCCGUUUUUCACAGGGCCACUCGAUAAUUUUUGGAUGAAUUAUACAUAUUUUGCAAAGAAUUGUGAUUAUGCAACAAGUGUGAAACAUUUGGAUAUUCGAGCUGUUAGUAAUACUGAUGAAACUAAAUAUAUUAUUUAUCCAAAAUAUAAUGAAACUUUGACAAUGUUAACAUUAGGAGUUGGAAAAGACAUCGAUGGGGAAAUUGAACUCAGAAGGGUUUGAUUUUGAAUUUAUUCACAGAAAAAUAUACAGUAACUUUUUCAGCUUUACCCCAACAUCGAUUUCUAUGGAGCUGAUCCAGUUCCAGAAAAUAAACCAAUUUACGAGAAGAUUGGCACAUUUUUCCCAGUUGCAAUCGGGAAAAAUGGAGGAUUUAGAAGUUCGCGAGUUUUAAAAGAGUCUUAUCGAGAGGAAAUCGCAUUGAAUGUUGGAUUGGACUAUUUUCUGAGCGAGAUUUUGAGAAAAAAAGAAAAUUGAUAUUAUGUGGGUUGAUACAGAGGGAAGUGAAUUUGGAAUGAUGGAAAUGUUGCAUCUUGGAGAAGAAGUUGAUAAAAAAGGAAUUGUUAUUUGUCAAAUUAAUGUUGAGGUAGGAUAGCUUUUUAAUUUCACCGACAAGAGAACAUUUUUUGAAAAAAAAACGCCUUUCGAAUAUACGAAAAAAACCUUUUUUUAAGUACCAUUUGAACAUCAUGCAAGGAAUUACAAAUGAAAAAAUCACAUUCCGAAAAUUCAUAACUCGAAUCGUCGAAGAUGGAAAAUACAUCAUAGUUCGACCAUAUACAGUACCCAUUGUUAAUUAUAUUCGACUUGUUCUAAUUAAUGUAUCUGAUGCAGAAUGUAAAAGAUUGUAUAUCACUGGGUAA